UCCGAUAUUACCUAUAGAUAUUCUGUGCACACAUGUGCCAUUUUGACAACAAAUUGAAAAAAUGAGCUCAGAAGGAGAUGAAAAUACAGUUGUGUGCUUGCCAGGAGAACGCUUGUGCCGAGUAGAAGACAAUGUUGUUUUGGGCAUAGGCACAUACGAACAGAACGGCUACAUCUACGCCUCCAAAUCGGGGGUCGUGAACAUUGAAGAAUCUGGAGAAAACUGUCAGGUUGUAAGUGUUCACAAGCCAGGCUUCCACCUGACCAUUCCGGCCACCGGGGACGUCGUCACAGCCCGUGUUCUGGUCACAACACCAAAGUUCGCCAAGUGUGCCAUAUUCUGCGUGCGAAACGUCUUGCUGGAGAGCAGCUAUCGCGGGCUGCUGCGGAAGGAGGACGUGCGGGAAACAGAAAAGGAUCGUGUCGACAUAUACAAGUCGUUCAAGCCUGGCGAUGUGAUACUGGCCCGCGUCAUCAAUCAAAUGGAACAAUCAUUUCUCCUAACCACUGCCGAAACAGAGCUCGGUGUGGUCGUAGCCUAUGCCAGCGAUGCCAGUAAAACCCGAGUGCCUAUGGUGCCGGUGGGCUGGAGCGAGAUGCAGUGUCCACUGACUACCAUUAAGGAGCCCCGCAAAGUGGCAAAAGUCCUGCCUGAAAGUUCAAUAAAUAUAAUCAAAUAAUGCCCAGUAAUUUAUGUAACAUCUAAAAAAAAUCAUUAAUAAUUCUCGGUUAGUCACUAAUUAAUUCUGUAACGUUGCCUUAGAUUGCGGCUGUACGUUCAUUCUAUUUCCAUAGUUACAUGUUCUAUAAUAAUUAGUAUUUAUAGGAACAUAUUAAAAUUUUCUAUAUAACCAGACAAAAGCAUACAAAUUGAUAGCAUCCAUUGGAUUCAAUUCCAUUGGAUUUUCUUAACUUAAAACAUUCCUAUCCAAGGCAUUCCUCAGCCUAAUCAUCUGAUUGGUGCGAUCGCAUCGUCAAAAUUCCCCCUUCAGAAGGGAAAGAAGUGAAUGAACCUUAAGUUACCAUAGCUACGUCGUUAGUUCUCGUAACUAAUCUUGGCUGGUUGCCACGGUUCUCAUGUCAAUUUAAAUGCAUUGUUGUACAUAUUUAUUUGAUUGGGAAGCGAUGAACCCAGGAACAUGAAAGCCAAUUGAGUUUAUCAAUUGAUCUUAUAAUAUUGAAUAUGUAAAUAUAAACAUUUUAGGUGUGA